CCAGGCCCGGGAGGCGGCGAUGAAGAUGACGGUGGAUUUCGAGGAGUGCCUGCGGGACUCGCCCCGCUUCAGGGCUGCUUUGGAAGAAGUAGAAGGAGAUGUUGCAGAAUUGGAAUUAAAACUUGAUAAGCUUGUGAAGCUUUGUAUUGUGAUGAUUGAUACAGGAAAAGCCUUCUGUGUUGCAAAUAAACAGUUCAUGAAUGGGAUCCGAGAUCUGGCACAGUAUUCUAGUAAAGAUGCUGUAGUUGAGACAAGUUUGACAAAAUUUUCUGACAGCCUUCAAGAAAUGAUAAACUUUCACACAAUCCUAUUUGAUCAAACUCAGAGAUCAAUUAAAGCACAGCUUCAGAACUUCGUUAAAGAAGAUCUGAGAAAAUUUAAAGAUGCCAAGAAGCAAUUUGAAAAAGUCAGUGAAGAAAAAGAAAAUGCAUUAGUGAAAAAUGCUCAGGUACAAAGAAACAAACAGCAUGAAGUUGAAGAAGCCACAAACAUACUGACGGCAACAAGAAAAUGUUUUCGACACAUAGCUCUUGACUAUGUACUUCAGAUUAAUGUCCUUCAAUCAAAAAGGAGAUCAGAAAUUCUAAAAUCUAUGUUAUCCUUUAUGUAUGCCCAUUUGGCCUUCUUUCAUCAAGGAUAUGAUCUAUUUAGUGAACUUGGGCCCUACAUGAAGGAUCUUGGUGCACAGUUGGAUCGAUUGGUUGUGGAUGCAGCAAAGGAAAAAAGAGAGAUGGAGCAAAAACAUUCCACCAUCCAGCAAAAGGAUUUCUCCAGUGAUGAUUCUAAGUUAGAAUAUAAUGUAGAUACGGCAAAUGGCAUUGUAAUGGAAGGAUAUCUAUUCAAACGAGCCAGCAAUGCCUUCAAAACUUGGAACAGGAAAAAGCCCGAUCAUAUCAGACGCUGGUUUUCAAUACAGAACAAUCAAUUGGUUUACCAAAAAAAGUUUAAGGACAACCCCACUGUGGUGGUGGAGGAUCUGCGGCUGUGCACAGUCAAGCACUGUGAAGACAUAGAACGGCGGUUUUGCUUUGAAGUCGUCUCUCCCACAAAAAGUUGUAUGCUUCAGGCAGAUUCUGAAAAGUUGCGCCAGGCAUGGAUCAAGGCUGUUCAGACCAGUAUUGCUACUGCUUAUCGAGAGAAGGGUGAUGAAUCAGAGAAGCUGGAUAAGAAAUCAUCUCCAUCAACAGGAAGUCUAGAUUCUGGAAAUGAGUCGAAAGACAAAUUAUUGAAAGGAGAAAGUGCGCUGCAGCGAGUCCAGUGUAUCCCUGGCAAUGCCAGCUGCUGUGACUGUGGCCUGGCCGACCCACGGUGGGCCAGCAUCAACCUGGGCAUCACCCUGUGUAUUGAGUGUUCCGGGAUUCAUAGGAGUCUUGGAGUUCAUUUCUCAAAAGUGCGGUCAUUAACUUUAGAUACCUGGGAACCCGAACUGCUAAAGCUUAUGUGUGAGUUGGGAAAUGAUGUCAUAAAUCGAGUUUAUGAAGCUAAAGUGGAAAAGAUGGGAGUAAAGAAACCGCAGCCAGGACAAAGGCAGGAGAAAGAGGCAUAUAUCAAAGCAAAAUAUGUGGAGAGAAAAUUCGUGGACGAAUAUUUGCUAUCGUCAUCAUUCCCUGAGCAGGAGAAAAAGGUUUUAUCCCACAGCUGUGAAGAAAACAGACUGAGUAUUUCUAAACUUGGGCCAGAUGACCACCUGAGAGCUUCGUCUCUCAGCUCAGUCAAAAGUAAUGACAGUGGAAUCCAGCAGAGUUCUGAUGAUGGGAGAGAAUCUUUGCCCUCCACAGUGUCAGCCAAUAGUUUAUAUGAACCUGAGGGAGAAAGGCAAGAUUCUUCAGUGUAUCUCGACUCUAAACACCUUAAUCCAGGACUUCAACUUUACAGGGCUUCAUAUGAAAAAAAUCUUCCUAAAAUGGCCGAGGCUUUGGCUCAUGGUGCAGAUGUGAACUGGGCUAAUUCCGAAGAGAACAAGGCAACACCGCUUAUUCAGGCUGUAUUAGGGGGCUCUUUGGUGACGUGUGAAUUUCUGCUACAGAAUGGUGCUAAUGUGAACCAAAGAGAUGUACAAGGACGGGGACCUUUGCACCAUGCCACUGUUUUGGGGCACACAGGGCAGGUGUGUUUAUUCUUGAAACGAGGUGCCAAUCAACAUGCCACUGAUGAAGAAGGGAAAGACCCUUUAAGUAUAGCUGUGGAAGCAGCCAAUGCUGAUAUAGUUACAUUGUUACGGUUAGCAAGAAUGAAUGAAGAGAUGCGGGAAUCAGAAGGACUUUAUGGACAGCCAGGUGACGAAACUUACCAAGACAUUUUUCGUGAUUUUUCCCAGAUGGCAUCCAAUAAUCCAGAAAAACUUAAUCGUUUUCAACAAGACUCACAGAAGUUGUGAAUUGGGGGUGGGGUAGGGAAAAUAUUAAACCUUGUUAUUUCUUAUUUCAGUGCAUAGACAUCUGAAAACUCACAAAAUUUUAUUGCUUUAAUUCUACCUACUUUAGUAUAGUGUCUUGGAAAAAGGUACCCAUUUGUUAAUAUUUUUUAUAAAAUUCAAACAGCUAAUUGCUGGAAAAGUGACUUACUAUAGAACAUCGUUUAUUUAUUUUUUAAAAGACCAUGUUUAUAGGGAUGUUUAUCUAGAUAUAGGCUCUCUCUAGGUUGCUAGAUAACAGAAUUAGACCGAUUUUUCUUUUUUUGCUUGUGGAUGAUAGCAUUGAAUUCUUCCCUCCACCCCCUCUUCAUUCCAGCAUGUUUGUAUUAAGUAAAAACAGAUUUUCUUGCCUGCCUUGAGAAUUUCUUUUCUUUAACUUCCCUGACAACUUUUGGUGGUGCAGAAAAUUUGUAGUUUUUCAUUAUUUUAUUUGCACAGCUAUCAUGCUCACAUUAUGAAACUUAAUUAUUAAAUUAGAGUGUUUUCCCAUUGCAGUCAUGCACCUUAGAUGCUUGGUUAUUACUUCCUUAAAUGUGAGAAGAAGAUGAGAAGAAGUUAUGAACAUUUUUACUUUUAAAUCAUUAAAAAAAUAUCCUCAGUUAUAGAAGUUAUAGCUCUUAAUUGUUGGGCUUAUUUCCUAAAACCACAACCUUUUAUUUUUUUGAUAUAAAUAAAAUUGUGUUUCAAAAGUUACUUGAAUG